GUCGGUCCUGAAGCGAGAAUAUCACAGUGAAGCAAGAUGGCGCGUCUUGCAGUAGUCGCUUUGGCUUUCGGCCUGUUUGUUUGCAUCCACGCGGCCCCAGGAUAUGGUGGCGGCAGUACCGGGGGCGGAGGUUUCGGCGGCGGCGGCGGUGGCGGAGGUGGAUUCGGAGGCGGCGGCGGCUUCGGAGGUGGCGGCGGCGGCGGACACGGAGGCGGCGGUGGCGGUGGAUUUGGCGGUGGCGUGGGAGGCGGCAAAGGCGGUGGAGGCGGUCUAGGAGGUGGACUUGGUGGAGGCAACGGCGGUGGCCACGGAGGUGGACUCGGCGGAGGCAACGGCGGUGGUCUAGGCGGCGGCCACGGAGGCGGUCUAGGCGGUGGCAACGGCGGCGGUAAUGGCGGCGGCCACGGAGGCGGUCUGGGCGGCGGCAAUGGCGGUGGUCUGGGAGGUGGCCAUGGAGGUGGGCUAGGCGGAGGCAAUGGUGGUGGCCUGGGCGGCGGUCACGGCGGUGGUAACGGCGGAGGUUUGGGCGGAGGCAACGGCGGCGGUCUCGGUGGCGGUCACGGCGGCUCUGGCGGUGGUGGUCAUGGCGGUCACGGCGGUCACGGCGGCCAUGGUGGCGGCUACGGCGGCUCCAGCGCCAGCGCCAGUGCCAGCGCAAACGCCGCGGCCGGAGGGUACGGCGGUCACAAGGCCGGUUAUGGACGUUAAACUGAAGUUACUAAAAUCCAGCGCUUGUGACUCCAUCUGCAGCGUGGUUCGACAACUCUGAAUGUGAUAAUAGCUAGUUUAUUUGUUAAACAUAAUAAAUUUAUGUAAAAAGUACCAUAUUAAAAUAGUUGAAAACA